AAGACAAAAACAAAAAGAACAACAGCAAAAAUGCAACGGCACAUAAUUAGCGCGCAUUAGUGAAAAGCGAAUGCGAAGAAAAAAUAAUAAGAAUCAGCUGAAAAAGCGCAAAAAUGGUUAUCGAUUCGCCGCACGCGACGCACAAAUAUUUGCGACGCAUUUCGCGAGAUUUCUCCACAGUGCGACGCUUUAGCAAUACGCCAGCCGUUACCCUAACUGUACCCAGCCCCGCCUCCGCCGCCGCCGCCGCCGCCAUCCCACUCGAUGGGCCCGAGGAUAUGCCCAGCACGCCGCGUGGCAUUCGCAAGCGGCAGCGCUUGCGGAAGCGCUCCUCCGUCUCAUCGACAUUAUCGAAAGUUUUGAUACUCAAUGUGCGGGAUUUGCUCAAAGCGCAGGCAAAUAGCGAGUCUACAGUCGAGCAUCAGCCGCGCAGUUGGAUCGAGACAAAUUUUCAGAAACGCGAGUGCAUCAAAUUCAUACCAUGCCCAAAGGACGAUACAAAAUGCUGCUGCGGCCAGGCACAGAUUACGCAUCAGACGAUAGCCGGCAUCGAGAGCGGCUCGCCGGGCGAUCUGUGGCUGCCCACGAAGCACACACGGCCCCAGCCCACCGAUGCGUAUGGCACCAUUGAAUUUCAAGGCGGGGCGCAUCCCACCAAGGCGCAGUAUGUGCGCUUGUCAUUCGAUACGCGACCGGAGCUGUUGGUGCAGCUAUUCACCAAGGAAUGGAAUCUGGAAUUGCCAAAACUUUUGAUCACCGUGCAGGGCGGCAAAGCCAACUUUGAUUUGCAGGCAAAACUAAAAAAGGAGAUACGCAAAGGACUGCUGAAGGCGGCCAAAACAACGGGCGCCUGGAUAUUCACCGGCGGCACCAACACGGGCGUCACGAAGCAAGUGGGCGACGCCCUGCUCCUGGAGGGACAACAGCGCACCGGACGCGUGGUCAGCAUCGGCAUCGCACCGUGGGGCAUUGUGGAGCGCAAUCAUGAGCUGUUGGGCCACAAUCGUGAGGUGCCCUGCCACAGUAUUAGCUCGCCGAGAUCGAAAUUGGCCGUUCUGAACAAUCGGCAUGCGUAUUUCCUGCUCGUCGACAAUGGCACUCAGGCCAAAUACGGCGCUGAAUUGAUAUUGCGCCGCAAACUGGAGAAAUUUAUUUCGAAUUUAAAGCUGCAUCCAUUCACACAUUCCAGUACGCCCGUCGUCUGCCUGGUGAUUGAGGGCGGCACAAACACAAUACGUGCUGUCCUGGAAUAUGUGACAGACUCGCCGCCCGUUCCGGUUGUUGUUUGCGAUGGUUCCGGGCGUGCCGCCGAUCUGCUGGCCUUUGUGCACAAGUAUGCAUCCGAUGGCGAGGAGCAACCUGUGCUGGAGUCCAUGCGUGAGUAUCUCAUUGGCACCAUACAAAAAACCUUUGAGGUAGGCGUGGAUCAGGCCGAGAAACUUUAUCAGGAGCUGCUCCAGUGCACGCGCAACAAGAAUUUGAUUACUGUGUUUCGCAUACAGGAAAAGCCCGAAGGCGAGGCACAGGAGCUGGAUCAGACCAUACUCACGGCACUCUUCAAAUCACAGCACCUCAGUCCGCCGGAGCAGCUUAGCCUGGCAUUGACAUGGAAUCGUGUGGACAUCGCGCGCAGCGAGAUAUUUGUCUAUGGCCAAGAGUGGCCCAAUGGCGCUUUGGACGAGGCCAUGAUGCAGGCACUCGAACAUGAUAGAAUCGAUUUUGUCAAAUUACUUUUGGAGAACGGCGUCUCAAUGAAGAAAUUUUUAACAAUACCCCGCCUCGAGGAGCUCUACAACACAAAACACGGUCCAGCCAAUACCUUGGGCUACAUAUUGCGCGAUGUCCGCCCGCAUAUACCCAAGGGCUACAUCUACACGCUCCACGACAUUGGUCUUGUCAUCAAUAAACUAAUGGGCGGCGCCUAUCGAUCCUAUUAUACGCGUCGCAAGUUCCGGCCCAUCUAUGCGAAGGUGAUGAACAGCUAUGCAAAUGCCUGCCGCAAGUCCUCCUCGUAUCAAUAUCAGCGCUAUGCGGGCGCCAAUUCGCUGAGCCUGGUCACCGGGCUGCUGCCAUUUACCACCGAAAUGGCCCUGUUCGAGUUCCCGUUCAAUGAGCUGCUGAUCUGGGCCGUGUUAACCAAGCGACAGCAAAUGGCGCUGCUCAUGUGGACGCACGGCGAGGAGGCGCUGGCCAAAUCCUUGGUCGCCUGCAAGCUGUACAAGGCAAUGGCACACGAGGCGGCUGAGGAUGAUUUGGAUACCGAAAUCUACGAGGAGCUGCGCUCCUAUGCCAAAGAGUUUGAGAGCAAAGGCAACAAGCUGUUGGACUUUAGCUAUCGCCAGGACGCGGAGAAGGCGCAACGCUUGCUCACCUGCGAGCUGCACUCGUGGUCCAAUCAGAGCUGCCUCUCGCUGGCCGUCGCCGCCAAUCAUCGCGCCCUGCUCGCCCAUCCCUGCAGCCAGGUCAUACUGGCGGAUCUCUGGAUGGGCGGAUUGCGUACGCGCAAGAAUACCAAUUUUAAGGUGAUUUUAGGCUUGGUAAUGCCAUUCUAUAUAAGGCAAUUGGACUUCAAAUCGAAAGAGGAGCUACAACAAAUGCCGCAGACCGAGGAGGAGCAUUUGGAGAAUCAAAAUCUGGACAACGAUGAUUCCGAUCGAUCACAGCCCGAUGCCGAGUGCAAACUAAUACCAGUUGAGAAGCAAUCGCCAUCAUUUCACAGUCCUGCUAACUCGACAGAUGCUCUAUUGGCGGAUACUUAUUCGGUGCGCGAAACAAAAGUACACGAAAAUGGCAAAGUCUCGCUGACAGACUCGGAUCCAUCGCAGUUUCGGGAAUUCUUUCACCUGUCCGAAUUCACCAACGAGAUUAAACAGCAUCAGCCGCUGCGCCUGAAGAAGAAGUUCUACGAAUUUUAUACGGCGCCCAUCACCAAAUUCUGGGCCGAUUCGAUUGCGUACAUGUUCUUUCUGAUAAUGUUCUCGUUCACGGUGCUGGUUAAAAUGGGUCCCAUGCCCCGCUGGCAGGAAUGGUAUUCGAUAGCCUACAUAACGACAUUGGGUUUCGAGAAGGUGCGCGAAAUCAUAUCCUCUGAGCCGGUGGCCAUUACUCACAAAUUCUCCGUGUGGGCGUGGAACAUGUGGAAUCCUUGCGACGGCGCUGCCAUAAUACUCUUUCUUAUCGGCCUGUCCUUUCGCUUUCGCCCCAAUACCAUGGACAUUGGGCGUGUCAUUUACUGCGUGGACAGCAUCUACUGGUAUCUGCGCAUAUUGAACAUUCUCGGCGUCAACAAGUACCUGGGUCCUUUGGUCACCAUGAUGGGCAAAAUGGUUAAGAAUAUGAUAUAUUUCGUGGUGCUCUUGGCUGUGGUUCUCAUGAGUUUCGGCGUCAGUCGCCAGGCCAUACUCUAUCCCAACAAUGAGCCCACCUGGCGGCUCAUCAGAGAGGUCACCUAUCAGCCGUACUUCAUGCUGUACGGCGAGGUCUUUGCCGAUGAUAUCGAUCCGCCCUGCGGCGAGGAUCCGCGUCAGCCCGCCUGCGUUACAGGGCAUUGGGUGACGCCUAUAACGAUGUCCAUGUACCUAUUGAUUGCCAACAUACUGUUAAUCAAUCUGCUCAUUGCCGUUUUCAAUAAUAUAUUCAAUGAGGUCAAUUCGGUUUCACACCAGGUAUGGAUGUUCCAGCGCUUCACUGUCGUCAUGGAGUAUCAGCAGAAGCCGGUGCUGCCGCCGCCCUUCAUCGCCUUCUGCCAUUUCUAUUCGCUGCUUAAGUAUUGCGUGCGCAAAGCGAAAGGAUUGGAGGUGCAGCGGGACAAUGGCCUCAAGCUAUUUCUCGAAAAGGACGAUCUGGAGCGGCUGUACGACUUCGAGGAGGAGUGCGUCGAGGGCUUCUUUCAUGAACAGGAAAUCAUAUUGAAUCAGUCGACCGAUGAGCGCGUCAAGAACACAACGGAGCGCGUCGAGACCAUGUCACAGAAAAUCGAGGACAUCAAUCAAAAGGAGAACAUACAAACAGCCACUGUGCAGAACAUUGAAUUCCGUUUGCGCAAAAUGGAGGAAUCAUCGGAGCAAAUACUGUCGCACCUGGGCGUCAUACAUCGCUUCAUGUCCGCACAUACCGCUGGCAACGAGGAGCUGCGCGGCUCCGUGAUGAACAUUCCGGGUGAAAUGCAUCGCAUGCGCACCAUCUCCAUGUCCGACAAUGAGGGGGGCAGCGGCAGCGGAGGAGGCGGCGGAGGAGGCGGCGGAGGAGGAGGAGGCGGAAUCGUUACAUCGUUGGGUCUGGGACCCACGCUUACUUUAAAUUCGCUGCAGGUGAACAAUCGACGUCGCUUCAAUCGUUCGCUGACCGAGGUGCGACCGGAUGCGUACAUCUUGGAUGAGGGCACACACUUUGAGGUGGUGCCGCUGCCCGAGGAGCCCGACGAGGUGGUCAAGUCGCGUGAGGCGCUCAACGAGCAGGUGGUGCGCAAGGCCUCGAUGCAAUCGGAACCCGACUCCGAUAUAUAUUUGCCAUUGUCGCAGCGCCCGUCCACCUGUGAGACGGUCAAGCGUACGCCGUAUGUGACAGUGCGCCAGGAUACGGGCGCCAGCACCGAGAGCAAGGAUACCCUAACGCCAAUGGGCACCAUGGAUGACGAUCAGACGCUUGUCGGCGGCGACAAUUCCGAUGAUGCGGCCCCGGACAUGAACUUUGAGGCUGCCAGGCAUCGGGCGCUGCGCCAGCGCACCGUCUCGCUCUGUCGCCGCAACUCGGAGACGUAUUCGCUAACCGCCGCGGACAUCAAUCGCUCGCACAUCAGCCUCAAUCAGCUGACGUCACUCUCACGCCGCCAGCUGAGCCUCACCCAGUCCGAGCCGGACAGCGACAAGGACGUGCCCCCAGUGCCACAGACGGGUAAAUCAGUUUUGCAUGCGAAACCCUCCAGAAAUAUAUUGCUGAAACUGCACAGUGAAUAUACAUCCAUAACGGACGAACUGGAGAACGUCUGCCAUUUGAUUGCCUCGCCGACCGUCUCGCUGCAGAGCAACAAAGCCUCCUUGGAUCGGCCCAAGACGGAAAUGUCGCGCGCCGAGGCCGCUGCGCUGCAGGAGAAGAAGCAUCUAAAGGAAUGCGAAGAGAACGAUUAUAGGAUACUGGAGGGUCUCUUCGAGGCACGCGGCUCCAUCGAUGCGAGCGUGCAGGCCUAUGAGAUUGGUGUCUCUGUGGACUACAGCCAUCGCUAUCCGCUGCGCCGGGAGACGGCCAUUGAGCUGUCGCCCUCUAAGCCCGCCGCCGAGGGUGGACCAAUUGGCGGAGCCACAGCCGGCGAUAGCAGCGAUACCAGCGGCGCAGGCAGCAGUCAUCAUGCGGCGAACAGCGGCUUUCAGCUGAAGCACGAGCGGCCCUGGCAGCGCAACUCGUCCAUGGAGCAGCAGGCCUACCAGUCGCCGCUGGUGCCAACGCGUGCCACCAGCGAUUUUCUGAAUGCGCCGUACGACAGCAGCGGGCGUCUGUUUAAGAAGUCCAGCGAAAGCUUGCAGAAGAACUCCAGCACGGACACGGACUACUCGGCGCAUCCGUAUCGAUUCAUCAAGCAGAGCUCAAAUGAGACGAACACCUCGCUAACUGGCUCCUACAACGUGGACACGCCCUCGUUGACGGCGGAGCCAUCCCUGGAUGCCGGCGAUUCGCAAUCGGCAACGGGCAUUAGCAUGAGCGUUGGCCCUGCUGGUGGCGCUGCGACGGCGCGUUACCAGCCAAAGCGCACCGCGUCCGUUGGCGCUGCCGAUGGCAGACGCUUGCGCGACGAUAGCUCCAGUUCCCUGGAUUUGAGCGUGGCGCCAGUAAUGACGCAGGCAGCGCCAGCAGUGCCAACGCGUACCAUGCAGCUGAAGAAACAGUUUAGCAUGGACCAGGGCAAGCCGCUAGCGCCGCAGAUGAGCACCGAACCGGGCGCAGCGGAGGCAGCGGCUGGUGCCGGAAUCUCGACAGCUGCAGUUGCCGGCGUUGCGUUGCCCGCGCAGGUUGGCGCCAAACUGAUUUCAACGCUGAAGCCGCCCUACCCCAGCAAGCUGGGCAUGAAUGUUCUCAAGGAGAGCAGUUCCAGCACAGAGGAGUCGCGAGACGGCGAACCCACGACCUCCACGACUUCCUCCUCCGCCAAGAGCAGCAAUGUGGGGCUGUCCAUUCCACAGAUAAGCACACACCUGGUGCAGGACGAGAUUGCCAAGCUGUCCUCGAACAUCAAGAGCAGCACCGAAUCGGAAAAGGAUCCGCCGUAUAACGAGACAAUGUGUUAACCACCUAUGUAAAUAUAUAGAUAUAUAUAUAUACAUGUUAUAUGUGUGUGUAUGUAUGUGUAUGUAUGUGUACUCGUUAAUGUUGCCUAGCGUAGGACAUUGAUAAAUGUAUCUGUAUCUGCAUCUGUA